AUGGACGCCCGCAGGAUGUCUGCCGACAAGGCAGGCAGGAGCUUAAGACGGCCUGGGAGGCCUCUACGGAGGGUGUCGGUGGAGAUACCAGACCGGCUCAAGGGCGGAGAGGACGAGGAAGAGGAUGUCACAGCCCCAAAGACAUUAGAGACACAAUACAUGAACCAGUCCGUCCUCUCUCUAAUAACGAGGGUCGGCUCGAACAUGGACCAGCGCUCCCACUUCGAUGAGAACCAGUCUAGCGGUAGCGAAGACGAGGACGUACCUGCGCAACCUAGGACGGCCGCAUCCACGGUACUAUUUACUGGGGCCCCACGAAGGGGAAGAGAGCAGGAGAGGGAAGGCCACAAGUCCGGGCUAAAGCCAUCGCAUCACAGGCUUUUCAAAUCGGUGCCGAAGCUGUCUCUCCUCAGACCUAUCAAAGAGCGCAAAGCUGCGCGAACGAGUAUGGAUGGCAUGUCAGAUUCCCAGAUACUGCCGGAACAACAGCCCGAGGAGGACACAGCUGAGCAAGCGCAUGGUGUCGCCCCUGUCAUGAGUCGAAUACUACAGGCCGAAGCCAACAUGGAAGCUUCGGAGGGUCCGCGGGAGAGACGUGCCUCCGAACGCGAUGUUGGUCAGAAGAUUCCCCGAUCCAAGACUCCCGUGAGCCUUCCGCAGAAGCUGAUGGACGUGUUCGAGUUUGAGGCGCCCGAAGAAGUGAUUGCCGAAUACCCUUGCUGGCUUUUACAGAGCGUUCUUCUCCAGGGCUAUAUGUAUGUGACGCAGAAGCACAUAUGUUUCUACGCCUAUCUACCGAAGAAGACUCACGAAGUUAUAAAGUCUGGUAAUCUAGCAAAGCGCGGCCGACGAAACCCCAAAUACAACAGAUACUGGUGCGUUCUCAAAGGCGAUGUACUCUUCUAUUACUCGGAUCCGACAGAAUUAUAUUUUCCAAGCGGCACCAUCGAUCUACGCUACGGCAUAUCUGCCGCUCCAAUGGAUUCAAAAGACGCCCUAGGCUUUGUGGUAGAAACACACCAGAGAACGUAUACCUUCCGAGCAGACAGCGCUACCAGUGCAAAGGAAUGGGUCAAAGCGAUUCAGAAGGUCAUAUUCAGGGCGCACAACGAAGGCGACAGCGUCAAGAUCAGUCUACCAACCGAGAGUGUGAUUGAUAUUGAAGAGAGUGCUGUGCUUGAGUAUGGUGACACUGUCAAGAUCCGGGUAAUCGACAAUGACGAGACUUAUGCUAUGGAUGAAUAUUUCUUCUCGUUCUGGAACUCGAGUCAGGAUGCGGUCAACGUCCUGAGGAUCAUGGUGAGCGGAAAUGGUCACCACGUGACCGACGAAGAGAUCUCGACCACUCCGCCGGCAGUAAGGCCAAGCCAGGACGUAAGUACCUUGGGCGGCGUUGCGCGAGGUCACGAUCCACAGGACGUGCUGUCGCCAACAGUCCGUGAAGGCGUACGAUCCACGCUAUCACCUAUCUCGCCCAGCUCUCGAGAGCCCUCACUUCCUAGGCCCAGCGGCGAAACCUUGCGCUCAAGCUUCGACAGGUCACGACGCAGCUUAGACGUCGGGCGCCAAACACGACUGUCGAGCUCUGAAGUGAGACGAAGCUUCAGCUCAGGCCGUAGCAAGAGCGUCAGUAAAGACAGACGAAGAGGCAAAUCUCCUUUGUCACCAGUACUGCAUGACUCCUCUGAAUCGGCUACGAACUCUCUGGAUCCGGAGACGGAUUCAUCAGCUGCCAUACAGUCAAUUGGAGACACGAACGCCUCUGCAAGCCAGAUUCUGAGCGGAAGUGCUGUCUUCAAUCGGCCUACCAUAGUUCGUCAUACAACGGCUCAGUCCGAUCUGUCUGUUGAUAGGUCGCUGAGGAACUCGCAAGACACAGCCAGAUCGUCAGAUGUACGCAAACCUCUACCACAACCAUUGGCUCGUCCUCAAGGACAGCAGGGUGUAGGUAAGCGGCAAACAGGCGCUGAGGGCCUUCAUCCGCCUGGGUUAGACGAGUACAACGAAGCACCACAAACCGGCUUGCAGCGUUCAGGUUCAUCUUCUGCGAUACAAGAUUGGAUGCGCGCAGGCAGCGUGCCGUUACAGAAGGCUUCGGGGAUUGCAGGUUUCCUAAGGAAUCGCUCGAAGCGCAUGAGCAAUCUGCUCGCAACAGAAUCCAUGGGUUACUACGAGAAAGUUUCUGGCAUGUGGGCUGGAGGACGCAAACAUUACGGGACAGCAGAAGGCCUUGCGGCGGAUGACGAGAUUCAGGAGACUGAAGAUGACGAGGACGCUGAGAAGCACGAGCAGCGCUUUCGAGACCACUUUGCGAUGCCUAGUUCGGAGAGAUUGCGGGCCACAUUUUUCGGAUACCUUCACCGUGUGCUGCCUUUAUAUGGCAAAAUCUACAUCAGCGACCGUCAUUUUUGCUUUCGUAGCUUCCUGCCGGGCACGCGAACAAAGUUGAUCCUUCCUUUCAAAGACAUCGAGAACGUUCACAAGGAGAACGGUUUUCGCUUCGGCUACUCUGCCCUUGUCCUCGUGAUUCGGGGCCAUGAGGAGCUUCUCUUUGACUUUAGAGAAUCGGGGUCCCGGGAUGACUGUGCCAUCACGCUUCUCGAGAGUCUAGAGAUCUCGCACUACGCACAAGGUCCAAACGUCCUAAGUGAAACAGAGAUCGAGGAUGCCAAAGCUGCGAAGGUUGAGCAUGAGACGCUGCAAGAGGCACGCCAGAAAGCUGAAGCCGAAAUACAGCUUCAAACGCCAAGGGAUCUCCAAGAGAACGCAGUAGAGCGACCGGUGAUCUUCGAUGACACAGAAGCUUCAAUUGUUCGGUUCAAGCCAGACACCUCUCUUCGGAUAACUUGCCUCACUAUCGGCACGCGCGGCGAUGUCCAGCCGUAUAUUGCGUUUUGUAAAGGAUUGAUCAAAGAGGGGCACAAGCCUCGGAUCGCAACCCAUGUCGAGUUUGAGCCAUGGAUACGGAAGCAUGGCAUCGACUUCGCGCCUGUCGAAGGCGAUCCGGCAGAAUUGAUGAGGGUCUGUGUAGAAAAUGGCAUGUUCACGUACUCUUUCAUCCGGGAGACCCACGGCAAGUUCCGAGGUUGGCUUGACGGGCUGUGCAGCUCCGCCUGGCGGGCAUGUCAAGAAUCCGACUUGCUCAUUGAAAGUCCCAGCGCAAUGGUCGGAAUCCACAUCGCGGAGGCCUUACAGAUCCCCUACUUCCGGGCCUUCGCCAUGCCUUGGACGCGUACCAGGACCUACCCGCAUGCUUUUGGCAUUCCGGAGCACAAGCGAGGUGGCGCAUUCAACUACUACACCUAUGUAGUAUUCGAGAACCUGUUCUGGAAGUUGACCGCGGGCCAGAUCAAUCGCUGGCGAAGAAAAGAGCUUGGUCUGCGAAGCACGACUCUGGACCAAUUACAGCCCAACAAGGUGCCGUUCAUGUACUUUGUCAGUCCGCAUGUCGUCCCUCGGCCUAUCGAUUACAGCGACUGGAUCGACAUCACCGGAUACUGGUUCUUGGACGAAGCGACGGGUUGGCAGCCAUCUGCAGAGCUUGUCUCCUUCAUCGAAACAGCACGUAGAGAUGGGAAGAAGCUGGUCUAUGUGGGCUUCGGCUCUAUAAUCGUCGAAGAUGCCGCUGCAAUGACGAGGACGGUCGUGGAUGCUGUCCUCAAAGCAGACGUCCGCUGCAUCCUGUCCCGAGGCUGGUCCGAUCGCCUGUCCAAAGCCGGCACCUCAGGCGAUGAGACGCCGCUGCCCCCCGAGGUCUUCAGGAUCGACCAGGCGCCGCAUGACUGGCUCUUCACGAAGGUAGAUGCGGCUACCCACCAUGGCGGUGCAGGCACGACUGGCGCCAGUCUUAGGGCUGGUAUCCCGACUAUCAUCAAACCUUUCUUUGGCGAUCAAUUCUUCUUUGGGUCGCGGGUAGAGGAUCUAGGUGUGGGAGUCUAUCUUCGGAAGCUCAACACGACUGUCUUGGCGAGGGCGCUGUGGGAGGCUACGCAUAGUGAGCGUAUGAUUGCUCGAGCUCGUGUUAUGGGCGAUCAGAUCAGAAGUGUAAGUAUACCCCGUGCCAAUCUGUGCCCGAGAAAACACAGCGCUAACAAGGUUCUGCAGGAGGAUGGUGUCGGCAGAGCGAUACAGACUCUCUACCGCACGUUGGAAUACGCGAAGACGCUCAUCAAGAAGCGCGACGGAAUUUCAAAUGAAGCGGACGAGACUAUCGAAGAAAGCUGGACCUUUAUCGGCGACGACAGCGACCCGGAGCUGUUCAGGCGCAUGAGCGAGUUCAAUCCUGGAGAGCAUCUUCUGAGCCAUGGACAGGUACGUGGCUCAGGCAUGGCGUUGGGAAGCAUGGUUUUGAAGAACAACGGGAAACGGAGGACGUCCGCUACGGUCGCAUAG